CCCUUCCCUUCCUCUGGCUCAAUGAGCUGCAAGUUUGAGGUUGGGUUGACCUCUACAACGAUGGGCUUUUGUGGCUAGUGUGUGUUGGACUGCUUGCUUAUAGAAUGUCAGUCAGCCCUGGUCAGGGAGCUAAUGGGGCCAGGUCAAUCCAGUCUCCCGAGAGACCAACUCUGGUACCUUUUGGGAAUGGGGUUGUCCAGGAUGUGGGUGCCCAGUUUUAUAAACCUGGUUACAAUGGUCUCUCGGCCCAGUAUCUCUUUCCUUUCCCAGCCCUGAAAGGGGAGUAUGGGGGCCACUCUGAGUCUCCCCUUGGGGACUGUGCAGCAGUCUCUCACUCUGGUUACUGGUAUCCCUUCCCUAGUACUGAGCCAGUGCCAAGCCAUGGAAGCGGGCACCAUUCCCAACUGGCAGCAGCUGGAGGAUACAUCAACCGGCCGGAGGUCAAAACCGAGAAGGAGAGCAGAGGUUACCCCCAGGAGGUGAGAUACAGUUCACCCAGCGCCCCGGGCCCUUCCUACCCUCCCCGAUGGGGUGGCCCAUUCUGGCAGCCGGCCCUGGCCGCCCCCAGCAGCAACUCGAGCUCCGGCUCCUCCUCGUCGUCGUCGUCCACCUCCUCAGGGCCGCUUCCCAGUCAGAGCUAUGGGCCCUUCCCCUCACCCCCACAGAUGUACCCCAGUCCCUCCCAGCAAAGCGACAGCAGCCAGCCUGUCCAGUCCAACACUGGCUCCACUGAGACAACGAGCGAGGAAGGUCAAUCCAGCGACAGCGAGGAGGAGUACCCCACCAAAGAGAAAAUGGAACAGUUUGCCAAAGAAUUGAAACAUAAGAGGAUUACACUUGGCUUCACACAGGCUGAUGUUGGAUUAGCUUUGGGAAAUCUCUAUGGGAAGAUGUUCAGCCAGACCACCAUCUGCAGGUUUGAAGCACUCCAGUUGAGUUUCAAAAACAUGUGCAAGUUGAAGCCAAUACUUCAGCGUUGGCUGAAUGACGCGGAGAAUAAUGGUGGCCUGCAGGAGAUUUGUAACAUGGAGCAGGUUCUGGAUCAGUCAAGGAAACGGAAGAGAAGAACCAGUAUUGAGAACGGUGUGAAGAGAAACUUGGAGACCUACUUCAUGAAGUGUCCUAAGCCUACCAGUGAGGAGAUCUCCCAGAUUGCUGAAGAUCUCUGCUUAGACAAAGAGGUGAUCAGAGUUUGGUUUUGCAAUAGACGACAGAAAGGGAAGAGGAUGACUCUACCGUGUAUGGAAGAGAACGAUGUACAGAUUCCUGAGGGGAGUCCACUCCACCUGUCUCCCGGUGCUCUGAUGUUACCUGAGCCCACAGCAACCCAAGGAUACAGUGCAGCUAUGGUGCCACCUCCCAUGUAUAUGACCCCCUUCCCUCAAGCUCUGCACCCGGCUGUCUCCAUGGGCAACCACACCAGUUAGAGGGUCAUCUGACUCGAGUGCAUGGACCUAUGAUUCUAAUGAUGUGUUGAUAGAACCAACCUGAAAGUCUAAACUAGGAACUAGGUGAAGGAUUCAUUUGGUACUAAAUCUUAACCCAGCCUUUUUCUCUCUGAUUCUCCCUUUGCUCAACUUCAAUUCCAAAUGGGAUUUGAGCACUCGAGCUCAUUUUGAGAAAUAUUUAAUGGGAAUUCUCUAACUUAUUGGAAUACUUUGUGGCUUUUAAUGUAUGGAAUAUUUUACAAUAUAUUUCCUCUGUUUUUCUUACAGUAGGUCUAGUUCUCUUUACAUGGAAGAUGAUUCUGAAUAUUUUAAAUGAUUUAUAACAUCCUUUAAACUA